UCUGACUCCGAGCUCCUCUCGCUCGUGGCCCAGGGGUCCUAUGCCUCGGCUCAGACCAUUCUUGCCCGCAAAAUCAAGAAGUUUCCCAACAGGUCGUUUUACCAUGCAUUGACCAACCAGAUUCUCCACAAACAGGGCAAGACAUCCCAGGCUAUCGCCAACAACCUUGCUCUCUUGGCCAAGACUCCCAACGACCCACAGGCGGUGGGGCUUCUCUACGAGUUUUUCGACGAAUUCGAAGAGUAUGCUCCUCAAGCCAACCAGGCCUACGAGAACGUCAUCAAGAAGUACCCUGGAUCCGACGCCUCCAAGGAGCUCCUCUUGGACUGGUUCGAUCGCAGCGUACCCAAGUACGACUUGAAGCUCUACAACAAGAUCUUGGCCCAUCUACGGACCCAGACUAAAGACCGUCGCUACGCAUUCUGGACAGCACUUGUGUACCUCCAGCUCAUUCCCCAGGCACCAACCCCCAAGGAAGCAGAGUUGUACGUCCAGGUGGCGCUCCGUCUCGUGGAGCCUCUUCGUCCGUUUGCGUCCCAGGAGCGCUACGUGUACCUCCAGCUCCUUGUGCACGCUGGUCAGUACGCCACCAUCACCAACGAAGUGGCAACCAUCAAGGACGGAAUGGAUUUGGACACCCAGUUGGUAUAUCUCGACGCAUUGGAGCAAACACAAGCCUGGGACGCGUUGUACGAGCUUGCUAGGACACUCUUGGUCGACAAUGGCUUCGACGACUUCGACACUUGGAAGUACUUGAUCAAGGCUGGCCAACAGGUGCUAGCCAGUCCGUGGGACGAGCUUGUAGCACUCGUGGACGCCUGUACAACCAGAAAUGCGGCGUUGGCACGCGUGGAGUUGGCCCUCCAGGUCGAUCCGUCUCGUUACAGCGAUGCUGUGAUGGCGUACUACUCCCGUUUCGCCCACAAAUCGUGUUGUUUUCAGGACUUGAAGCACUACCUCGCCAGGAAGGAGUGUCCCGAGUUGCGGGAAGCCAUUCGUGCCAACGAUGGCGAAGAGGACCCAGGAGUGACCUCGCUUUCCGACUUCACCCGUCUCGUCAACCUCCAGAAACUCGCCUUCUACUUGGAGCCAGCUCCUAGUCGGGAGUUUGUGGAGUCCCACAUCGCCACAAACUGGCAGAUCUGUCGUCUGUGUCCUCCAGACUUGACUGGAGAACACGACAUCAAUCCUGUCAACGAACUCGCCAUGGUGGCUAUUCUCCUCCAGCUCGAACUUGACUCGUCGCCUGGAUCUAUCGUCAAAGCAAUUGUGGAGUUGUCAUCGUUGUUGGAGUCUGAUCCCUACAACCACACACUCAAGCUCUGGCUCAUGAAGCUCCACUCCAACCUCAAUACGUCCAACUCACUCAUGCCGUUGUACCAGUCGCUCAAAAUCAAGAUGAUCCAGCACGAGACGUUGGGCCACUACCUCUACCCCACCAACCCAUCCAAGAAGCACCUCGAGGACUUAAUCACCAUUUUCCGCUUCUACUUGACGUCCAACGAGGAGGUCAGGUCCAGCAUCCGCGAAGGCUUCGAAAAAGGCACCUACAGCAAGUUGGGAAGCUUCAUUUCGUUUGGAAAAAGGCUCGACGUGUCUGUGUCCCGCUACCACGUCAUCUGCUCCGUCCUCAGGUACCUGUUGAUCUUGCUGGACACCGGAUACGUGUCGUAUUUCUCCAAUUUGUUGGAGCAAAAACUGGAUGCCUUGAUGAAUAUGGCCGAGUUUUCUGACAACAGAGAUUUCAAAAUUGAGUGGAAGGUGCUAGGCGAACCCAUGACCAGCCUCGACCACCUCUCGGUGCCCACCAACUAUCUCACCACCAACGACCUCAAGCUUGCGGUGUUGAAGUACGUGUUGGUGUUCUGUGACGCUGCUGACUCGCCAGCUGCCGUCAAGCACCUCAAGCACUACAAUAAGAUCUUGAGCUCGCAGUUCAAGGCAGCGGUGCCGUUUGACGACCUCUUGUACAAGCUCACCUUGAACCUCCUCAAGCUCUUCAAGCAGCACAAGGCUGGUGAUGUCCAGCUGUGCUUGAACUACUUGGUGAAAAACUUGAAAUUUGACAAAUUGAAGGGGUCCUUGAUUCCAUCCGAAGGCAUUUUGUCGUGGAAAUUGAGCCACAACAUCCAGGGAUUGGCAGAAAUCAUCAGAAUUGCCCGUUUGUUGAUGACGCAGGGCAAGUCAGCCGUGCCCUCUGCACCUUUGAAGCCUGUUUUGGACGACUUGGUCAAGGAAUUGAAGAGCUUUGGCAUUAUCAAGAAGCAGGUUGCAGAAUUAGAAGAG